GCAAGAGAAUGACCAGUAUUUUAACGCAGUCUGUAAGACGGAGGAAGUUGGUGGGAACUCCUUCCUUUCCAACUAAAAUCCUUUAAGACCAUUAAUCCAAAUCCCCUCUUUCUUCUCCCAAAAUCUAUCUUCCUCCCUAUAAUUCCCCUACCUGUCUGUCCCCUUGCAACAAAAUUGCUUACUUAACUUGGAAAUCGAUCAUUUUAGUGAUUUUUUCAGUGCAGAUAUUGAGAAUGGCGUCUGCAAAACUAAAAGAAGUUGUAACUGAGAAAAAGAAACAAGUUAUUGAAAUUGAGAAGAAACCUAGUUUAAAAACUAGUGAUUCAUUCUCAGAGAUGAGUGUACCUGAAACUGGUUGUUUAUCAAUUAUAGUGUUAGGUGCUUCUGGAGAUCUUGCCAAGAAGAAAACUUUUCCAGCUCUUUACAAUCUUUACAGACAGGGAUUUUUACAAUCAAAUGAAGUACAUAUAUUUGGUUAUGCUCGAAGUAUGAUGUCAGAUGAUGAAUUGAGAGUCUGUAUUCGUGAAUAUCUCAUCAAAAAGGAUACAUCACCAGAACAGUCCGAAGAUGUAUCGAAGUUCUUGCAAUUGAUCAAAUACGUUAGUGGUAACUAUGAUAGCGACGAGGGCUUUAAGUUAUUGGAUAAGGAAAUUUCGGCGCAUGAACUUUCCAGAAAUACUCAAGAAGGAUCGUCUCGUAGACUCUUCUAUCUUGCGCUCCCACCAUCUGUGUAUCCUCCUGUCUGCAGAAUGAUCAGGUUUAACUGCAUGAAUACAUCUGAUCUUGGUGGGUGGACACGAGUCGUCGUUGAGAAACCUUUUGGCAAGGAUUUAGACACUGCAGAGGAUCUGAGUGCCCAACUUGGGGAGUUGUUCGAGGAAAAACAGAUUUACCGUAUUGAUCACUAUCUAGGAAAAGAAUUAGUGCAAAACUUGUUGGUGCUUCGUUUCGCUAAUCGCUUCUUUUUGCCCCUUUGGAAUCGUGAUAAUAUCGCUAAUGUUCAGAUUGUAUUUAGGGAGAAAAUUGGAACUGAAGGGCGUGGUGGUUAUUUUGAUGAAUAUGGAAUCAUCCGGGAUAUCAUUCAGAAUCAUCUAUUGCAGGUUCUCUGCUUGGUUGCCAUGGAAAAACCUAUUUCUCUUAAACCUGAGCAUAUCCGGGAUGAGAAAGUGAAGGUUCUUCAGUCAGUCAUGCCUAUAUCAAACGAAGAGAUAGUGCUUGGACAGUAUGAAGGAUACACUGCUGACCCGACAGUUUCAGAUCACUCAAACACCCCAACUUUUGCAACCAUGAUUUUGCGGAUACACAACGAAAGAUGGGAAGGUGUUCCCUUCAUCAUGAAAGCUGGAAAAGCCUUAAACUCAAGCAAGGCAGAGAUUAGAGUCCAAUUUAAGGAUGUCCCUGGUGACAUCUUCAAAUGCAAAAAACAGGGUAGAAAUGAAUUCGUCAUACGCCUGCAACCUAAAGAGGCCAUGUACAUGAAAUUAACUGUCAAGAAACCCGGACUGGAUAUGUCAACCAUCCAAAGCGAAUUAGAUUUGUCUUAUGGACAGCGCUAUCAAGAUGCCGUAAUCCCAGAGGCUUAUGAACGAUUAAUUCUAGACACAAUUCGAGGAGAUCAACAGCAUUUUGUCCGCAGGGAUGAGCUUAAGGCCGCUUGGGAGAUCUUUACUCCUCUGUUACACACGAUUGACGAGGGCAAAAUGAAGCCACUUCCGUACAAAAGAGAAAGCCGAGGUCCAGCUGAAGCUGACGAGUUGCUCGAAAAGGCUGGAUAUGUGCAGACACACGGAUAUAUAUGGAUCCCACCUACGCUAUAACUGUUAGGUAUGGUAAGAACUGUACUCACUUGUAAUAAAAGGGCUUUGUUUUGUGGAACUUGGUUCUGGGAGGGUUGAAAGUCUGUUUAACCAGGAGCCCCAACAUUCAUGUGUCGCCCAGAACUUCUCAUCUUUUCUCAAUUCAAAACAAACUUCGUUUUAAGUUUAAAUGUAGCUGAACGUUGCUAUCUGUACUCUAUUUGGCCUUUUUAAUUGCAAUUUGUUGAUGGAAUGACAAUUACUAUUGGUUUUUAAAAAAA